CGGAAACCAUAGAGACGAACUGCAAGAGAGAGCUGUCCAAAUACAUUCAGGACGCGGCGCAGAGGCCUGGGGGAGCUCCUCCUAAAGGACUCCCAGUUCCAAGUUUAAGCUCCGCCCCAUUCAGCCCAGAAGAUUUGCCUUCACGCCAGGAUUCCGGAGUCGCCUUGGGCCGGACUCUGCCGCCGUGACUGGCCUUUGCGCAUGCGCGGGGAGAAGUGCGCGGAAGGUGAAGAUGGCGGCGGCCGGAGCUGGGGCCCUGGGAGUUCGAUGGCUGAGAAGGGCUGUCGGGAACGUGGUGCCGCUAGGGGCACGAACAGCCUCCCACAUUACCAAGGACAUGCUUCCGGGGCCCUAUCCUAAGACCCCAGAAGAACGGGCAGCCGCCGCCAAGAAGUACAAUAUGCGUGUGGAAGACUACGAGCCUUACCCGGAUGAUGGCAUGGGGUAUGGUGACUACCCGAAGCUCCCUGAUCGCUCACAGCAUGAGAGGGAUCCAUGGUAUGAAUGGGACCACACAGACCUAAGGUUGAACUGGGGUGAACCGAUACACUGGGACCUAGACAUGUAUAUCAGGAACCGUGUGGAUACAUCCCCCACACCUGUUUCUUGGAAUACCAUGUGUAAGCACCUUUUCGGCUUCGUGGCCUUCAUGAUUUUCAUGUUCUGGGUGGGGGAAAAAUAUCCCACCUACCAGCCUGUGGGGCCGAAGCAGUAUCCUUAUAAUAAUCUGUACCUGGAACGAGGAGGUGAUCCCACCAAAGAACCUGAGCCAGUGGUUCACUAUGAGAUCUGAGCAGGCACCAUGGGCUUUUGUGCUCUCUAACCAGAACUCCCUCAUUUCUAGAGAUUUAACCUUAAUGAAAUCCCUAAUAAAACUCAGUGCUGUGGUAUCUGUG